ACUGUUAGCUUAUUUAUUAUCUUUUCACUUCACUUUGAGUUUUGUGUCUAUUCUUCACAAUUGUUAAUGUUUAAUAAGAUUUUAAUUUUCUAUUCUAUUGUGUUGGUUUAGAUUUUCUUUUUUAAACAACAAACAUUAAUAUUUAUAUUCAUUCAUCUAUAAUGCUUUCAGUAUCCUGCCAAAUGUAUCCUGAACCUCUUAAUUUAUCAUCACCUUUACCACCUUCACCACCAACAGCAGCUUUGCCAACAAAACAAAUCAGUCCUCUGAUCACAUCAUCAACCACAACCAACAACAACAACCACAACAACAAUAAUAAUAACAACAACAUAGUGAUUGUCAAUAAUACUGGUAACAUAAUUAGUCGUUACAAUAUAAACAAUAAUAAUAAUAACAGUUAUGUUAAAUCUCGUAAAGUGAAUUGGGUUCAAUUAUCUGGUCAUGAGAAUACUUUUGCCUUUGGUGGACCAGAAAUUUUGUAUAAAAAGUGUAAACCUGAUGGACAUGAAGUUAUCGCCUACAAAUCUCUUAUGGAGGAAGUAACCAUGAAACCAUUUAUUCCAAUGUAUCGUGGAACCGUUACCGUUAAUGAAUCAUGUUUCAUUGCCAUUGACAAUCUAUUGUAUCCAUUUGACAAUCCAUUUAUCAUGGACAUUAAAAUGGGAUCAAGGACUUUCCUUGAAGACGAGGUUUCAAAUGAUGAACCCAGAAAAGAUCUGUACGAGAAGAUGAUUAAAUUGGACCCUAAUUCGUUAUCAUCAGAGGAGAAGUCAAAUAGGGCAAUAACCAAGUUAAAAUAUAUGCAAUUAAGGGAGCAAUUAAGUUCAUCAUCAAAUCUCGGAUUCCGUAUUGAAGCAUUCAAGCAGACAGAAUCAAAACAAACUGCAGCCAAAGAUUUAUCCUUUGUGAAAACUCGUGAUGAGGUGAAAAUCUGCUUACAAAAAUUUCUUCCUACUCGGCGGGACCAGUUAAAUGCACUUGUUGAUCGACUUCAAUCAAUACAAAGUUCAUUUCAAAAAUCAGCCUUUUUCUCAACCCAUGAGGUGAUCGGUAGCUCUUUACUUAUGGUCUAUGAUAAAUCUAAAGUUGAUGUUUGGAUGAUUGAUUUCGCUAAAACAGUUCCACUGCCGAGAGAUGUUACUAUUGACCAUGUUUCACCUUGGAAAUUGGGAAAUCAUGAAGAUGGUUAUCUAUAUGGAUUACAGAAUUUGAUAAGCAUUGUGAAAGAAUUUUAAAAGAAGCGAUAGAUAAGUUGAUUGAGUUGAGAGUGCAUCAUGAUGAUGUUCAUGAUGAUUUUCAAGCUGAUGAUGAUGAUAACCCAACCCACCGACUUUGCUACUUAAUUUUUAAUGUAUUAUUAUAUUGUAUUGUAUUGUUAUUAUUGUUAUAUUAUAUUUCAUUUAAUUGAAGCAAAUUUAAAGUUA